CACCUGCCCCCUCCCGGUUUCUCCUCCCUCCAAGUCCUUAUCCACAAAUCUGUCCCUUGAGUAUUCAGUCCCUCCCUGAUUCGCCCCUAAGCACCCCUCCGACUUUGAACCCCCCCAACUCCUCGCUACAUUGAUCUCUGACCUUUGAACUCUAGAAAUAAUCCUUAACACUCUUUCCUCAGUUUGCCCCCAAGUAGCCUGGCCUCAGGGCGCUCCCACAUCCCAGCUCUGCCCGGUCCCGGGGUUUGUUUGCUAGAGCCAGGAACAAAUCAGGCCCACCCCAGGUGAACUGUCGCCGCAGACGAAGAGCGUGAGGAUUGCGAGAAUUUGUAGUACACCUUCCACUCAGAGAUCCUCAAAGGUCCGCUCCGCAUCAGAUAGGUCACACCCUCAAAUUUCGGCUCCACAUCUAGGUUCUUGUCCCUCCAAACGCCUCAGAUCCAAGAUGCAAGGGCCUGGAUCCAGCUGAGCGGCAAGGUCUUUGAGAAAAGACUUCAUUUCCCAAAAGGCUUCGCGUGUGCGGAGUCGCACGGCACCAUAGGAAAUGCAGUUCCCUCCACGCGCCAGAGAGUGGAUAUCCGGAUGGCGCAAUGCAUGCGUGGAAGUGCAUCCCCGGAAGUACGGAGGCCGACAGGAAGAGAAAGAAAAAAAGAAGGCGCUGUCCCGCUCUUGCUACGGUGGCCUGGAGGAGUGGCGAAACCGGAACAAGAGAAUUUAUCACUUCUGGGACUCACAGUCGUGAUGUCUUUCAAGAGGGAAGGAGACGAUUGGAGUCAACUCAAUGUGCUCAAAAAAAGAAGAGUCGGGGACCUCCUAGCCAGUUACAUCCCAGAGGAUGAGGCGCUGAUGCUUCGGGAUGGACGCUUUGCUUGUGCCAUCUGCCCCCAUCGACCGGUACUGGACACCCUGGCCAUGCUGACUGCCCACCGUGCAGGCAAGAAACAUCUGUCCAGCUUGCAGCUUUUCUAUGGCAAGAAGCAGCCGGGAAAGGAAAGGAAGCAGAAUUCAAGACAUCAGAAUGAAUUGAGGAGGGAAGAAACCAAAGCUGAGGCUCCUCUGCUAACCCAGACACGACUUAUCACCCAGAGUGCUCUGCACAGAGCUCCCCACUAUAACAGUUGCUGCCGCCGGAAAUACAGACCAGAAGCCCCUGGUCCCUCUGUCUCCCUUUCCCCUGUGCCACCCUCAGAGGUCGAACUCCAAAGUGAGAAGAUCAGUAGGGAACCUGAACCUGGGGCUGGUCCACAGGCCGAGGAGUCAGCAACUGUCUCAGCUCCUGCACCCAUGAGCCCCACAAGAAGACGAGCCUUGGACCAUUAUCUCACCCUUCGAAGCUCAGGAUGGAUCCCAGAUGGACGAGGUCGAUGGGUAAAAGAUGAAAAUGUUGAGUUUGACUCUGAUGAGGAGGAACCACCUGAUCUCCCCUUGGACUGACACCCUUUUCCCAUUCAUUCACAAAUACACUACAAUGGGUGCUGAGAACUUAACUUUCCUUAAGUCUGGUUCCUUGUCGGAUCUCAGGAUUUCAGAUCUGUUCAUUCUCAAUCCAACUACUCCUUUCCUGCAACGUACACAGCUCUCCAUACCUCUUUUUUUUUUUUUUGAGGCGGAGUCUCGCUCUGUCACCCAGGCUGGAGUGCAGUGGCCCAAUCUCGGCUCACUGCAAGCUCUGCCUCCCAGGUUCACGCCAUUCUCCUGCCUUAGCCCCCCGAGUAGCUGGGACUACAGGCGCACACCACCACGCUUGGCUAAUUUUUUGUAUUUUUAGUACAGACGGGGUUUCACUGUGUUAGCCAGGAUGGUCUCGAUCUCCUGACCUUGUGAUACGCCCGCCUCGGCCUCCCAAAGUGCUGGGAUUACAGGCGUGAGCCACCGCACCCAGCCACAGCUCUCCAUACUUCUAACCCCUCCCCCACCUUCUACCAAAGCCAUGCCAAGCGUCAGCUGCAUCAGCCUGGUGCCCUAUUAAUAAGACUGUCAAAAGAGGUCUUUGCCCUUCAUGUUGUCUGCCUCCUUCUCCACUACCGCUCAAAGUCCUUUCCCCCUUAAAACCACAUGAGGACUGUGGGUAGGCACUGGAGGGACCUGCCUACAUCUGGAAACAGGGCUGCGGCUAAGUUCCCUGUGAAAGUAGAAGAGUUGAAAGGUGUUGGCAGGGUUAUGGGGAACACCAAGGGAGGGAGCUCCCCCACCUCCUCCUAGUAACCUGAACCUCUCUGCCUGCUGAUCCCCAGAGUAUAAAUAAUCCCCUGGUGAACUGGCAGUAACCCUUGGGGGUUAGCGCCAAGAUUCUCACCCCAAAGUCCAAGGAAGGAGGCAGGCAAAAUGGAUAUAAGGGCUUUUGUUUACAGGAAAGGAGGACAGAUGAGAAUUUAAGUGUCUAGUGCUCCCAGCUCUAGUUGGUAAAGGGAAAUGCAGUAUUAUCUCUUCUUUUGCUGGCGACCUGUAAAGGAGGAAUAUUAAACAUAAGUGUUUGUUCCAGCUCCUGUUUUCUGCAAAGGCACUCUUCUUCUCCUUUCCAGUCCCUUAGCCAAACUCAUAAAUUGGUAGUGUUUUAGGCCACCUUACAGGCCCUUCCCACAUUAACAAAACAAAACAAGAAACCACACCACAAAUAAAAUUACAAUACCUCUAAA